AUGGCCUCCGCCGCCAGGUCCGUUUUUGCCCGCAACGCGCUCUUGCGCUCCGCUCCGGCGUCUGUCAGGUCGAGCGCUGCCCGCUCUUCUCGCUUUGCCGUCCCGGCUCAGACAUUCCGCCACCAAUCCCGCCGCGGAUACUCUUCCGAGGCCGGCAAGUCGAGCGGCCCCAACCCCGCCGUCUGGGUCGGCGCUCUCGCAGUCCUCGGUGGAGCUGGAUACUACGCAUACAGCUCGAUCCAGGGCGUGCAAGCCGAGUCCAAGGGGCCGUUCACUCCCAAGUUCGAGGACUACCAGAAGGUUUACAACGUCAUUGCCAAGGCUCUGGAGGAGAACGACAACUACGAUGAUGGAAGCUAUGGUCCCGUCUUGUUGAGAUUGGCGUGGCACGCCAGUGGAACUUACGACAAGGAAACCGGAACCGGCGGCUCCAACGGAGCGACCAUGCGCUUCGACCCCGAAGCCGACCACGGCGCCAACGCCGGCCUGAAGGCGGCGCGCGACUUCCUCGAGCCGAUCAAGCAGCAGUUCCCGUGGAUCUCGUACUCGGACCUGUGGACGCUGGCGGGCGUGUGCGCGAUCCAGGAGAUGCAGGGACCGAAGGUUGCAUGGCGGCCGGGUCGCAACGACCGCGACGUGUCGUUCUGCACGCCCGACGGCCGGCUGCCGGACGCGUCCAAGGAGCAGAACCACCUGCGCGCCAUCUUCGGCCGCAUGGGCUUCAACGACCAGGAGAUCGUCGCGCUGUCGGGCGCGCACGCGCUGGGCCGCUGCCACACGGAUCGCUCCGGCUUCGAUGGCCCGUGGACCUUCUCGCCGACGACGCUGACCAACGACUACUUCCGCUUGCUGCUCGACGAGAAGUGGCAGUGGCGGAAGUGGAGCGGGCCGAAGCAGUUCGAGGACGCGAAGACGAAGAGCCUGAUGAUGCUGCCGACUGAUUAUGCGCUCAUCAAGGACAAGAAGUUCAAGCCGUUUGUCGAGAAGUAUGCAAAGGACCAGGAUGCGUUCUUCAAGGACUUCUCCGACGUUGUCAUGAGGCUGUUCGAGCUCGGCGUGCCGUUCACGACGAGCGAGGAUAGCAGGUUUACUUUCAAGAGCAGCUUCGACUAG